AUGUCACUCAAUAUUCCUACCUCCUCCUCCUCUACCUCCACUCAUCCUACUGCGGGGGCUUGUGCCGGCAUACAGUUGCCAAAGAUAAAUUUGCCUGAAUUCAAUGGGGAAUUCGAUAAAUGGUUGCCAUUUUAUGAUACGUUUAAGUCGCUGAUCCAUAGUAAUCCGGAUCUGAGCGCAAUUCAACGUUUCCACUAUUUGCGAGCGUCUCUAAAGGGUGAGGCACUAAAAGUAAUUGAUUCAUUUCCGAUGAGCGAAGCAAGCUAUGGGGUUGCCUGGUCCUCUUUGACCAAACGUUAUUCGAACGUGUAUCUGCAGAAGAAACGCCAUGUCAAUGCGCUUCUGCAAUUUCCCAAAUUGAAAAGGAUGUCAGCAAAUGGGAUACAUGACGUCAUCGAUUGUUUUGAUAGGCACACGAAAAUUCUGGAUCAAUUGGGGGAAGUGACUACGGGUUGGGGGGCGAUGUUGACACAGCUGUUAGUUUCGAAGUUGGAUGAUUCAACGCAAAAGGAUUGGGAAGAGUUCGCGCUGAAGAAGCAAGAUCCCGUGUUCUUGCACGUGAUGGAGUUCCUCGAGGGGCAAACCCGAGUUCUGGAUGCGAUAGCGGUCGAUCAACGUUCCGAAGGUCAACGUGCUUCUUUUUCCACUCCUCCGAUGCCAUUUAAGAAGUCUGCGCCGAAGAUGACAGUUAAUGCAGCGUCCGAGAGUUCGUCGUCAUCGUCGUCGAAAUGUGUAUGCUGCAGUGGGCCACACUACGUCACCAAUUGCACAGCUUUUACGAAACUAACGCUGGAAAAGCGGUUCCAGAUUGUCAAUUCAAGGAAGCUGUGCAGUAACUGCCUUCGUCGUGACCACUACUGUCGAGAUUGCACUUCGCCAUUCCGCUGCCGAACGUGCAGCAAGAAGCACCACACUUUACUCCAUCCUGGAUUGUCAGCAUCCGGAUCUGGUUCAUCGGCCGGCAUUCAGGACACAAAACUAUCGCAAACCGGCGGUUCUGGUGUUUCUUCGACUGCGGUAGCAUCCGUUGAAGUUCUUCAGCAGGCACUUCAACCUUCAGUGGCAACCAUUUAUGCGGCAAACAUACCAGCUGAGUCCCGAGAGGUCCACAUUUUUCUGUCAACGGUGCUCGUUUCGAUAAAGGAUUGCAACGGACGGUUGCUCAAAGCAAGGGCUCUGCUCGAUAGAGGGUCGCAGGCAAAUUUGAUUUCGGAGAGAUUAUGCCAAACACUGAAGCUGCCACGGAAAGGUAGCAAUAUACCGGUUUCUGGUGUGGGUAGUGUGCGGAUUCAGAUAAACGGUUCAGUUUCUGCCACAAUAGGUUCACUCGUUGCGGAAUAUGCAAUUCCCGUGGAUUUCUUUGUAUUGAAGAAAGUAACUGACGAUCAACCAUCAACGACCAUUCCAAUUGGCGGCUGGAAUUUGCCUCCGAACAUGGUACUAGCAGAUCCAGGUUUUAACAAAAGAGCUCCCGUCGAUCUUCUGCUAGGACUGGAAUAUUUCUAUGAGUUCCUUUUACUGAAUGGUGGCCGGGUACAAAUACAACGCGUAAGAGAAGGACUUCCGCUUUUCGUAAAUACCGUAUUUGGUUGGAUUGUAGCUGGAAAGACGGAUUUGGGUACCAUCAACCCGGUACCGUGCCACCACGUAUUGGUGGGAUCAACGUUAGCUGAGAAGGUGGAGCGGUUUUGGGCGAUCGAAGAGUUGCCAGAUGUCUCUCGGUGGACCCAAGAAGAACAGGACUGCGAGGAGUUUUUUCAAGCCACAUAUUCACGAGAUCGCUCAGGGAGAUACAUGGUGCGACUGCCGAAGCGAAUAGGUUUCGAGCAGAUGAUUGGCAAAUCGAAGGAUAUGGCGCUACGAAGAUUGAUGCAGCUUGAACGGCGACUGGGAAAGGACGAAGAUUUGCGAAGGCACUACAACGAAGCAAUACAGACGUAUUUGGACCAACAUCACAUGACAGUUGUGAGUGAAAAAGAUUUGAAGCACGAUCAUAGGCUCGCUUGCUAUCCGCCUCAUCUUCCGGUUAUUAAAGAAUCGAGUGCAACCACGAAGAUUCGACCGGUGUUCGACGAUUCUGCCAAGACGACUUCCAACCGUUCCCUGGAUGACGGACUCAUGACGGUAGAGCUCUGGAUUUCCAGCUUCAUCGAUUGA